AUGAGUGGCAUUCAGGUCUCAAGCAAAGCUUUGCGCGACAUGCAGAACCAGAGCCUCAGAGAUGGCAUCAUUGGUUGCCUGUUCGGGUCAGCUCUUGGGGAUGCGAUUGGUCUUUACACCGAGUUUCUCUCUGCAGAUAGCUCUACUCGAGUAUACCCCUCGAGAUCUUUUAUACUGUCGCCAAAAUCCGAAGCAACAAAACUACAUUCCGACGCCCAUCGUGAUCCGCAUCAACCAGGCGAGUGGACAGACGACACCGACCACGCGCUGCUGAUAUUGCUGUCGUAUUUGCACAAGAAUGGGCAGGAGGUCUCAGCAGGAGACUUUGCCGUGCGCCUCGACAUUUGGGUUCGACAGGGCCUACGAGCUUUGGAUACCCUCCCCAUGGGCCUCGGCCAUACAUCUAAUGAGGACUCACCCUCUCGGCCCAUCACCCAUCCCGACCCGAGAUGCGUCAUAUCCUGCGCCAUUGGAACCGCACUUGUUCGAGGAUUGAUUCUCCGCGAUAUCCGACAGGAGAGCGAUAUUGAUGCGUUAAUUGAGAGCGCAGUGUCUUGGCUUGCAUCGUACCGGAAGGAGCAGCUAAAAGACGCGGCCCGACAAGAUGAGCCAGAUCUUGAUUUGGCAGAAUUGCAGCGACAUGCCAAAGUGGAAAAGCUCACAGACUUGGCUCUUGAUGAGCCGCGAAAGAUUGGCUAUGUCUACAAGACGCUUGGAUCCGGCGUUCAUCUCUUGCGUUUGGCGAUGCGCGGAACGGCAAAUUUGGCCGCCUCGCUACCGGCUCAAACGGCGGCCUUCGAGCCGCUCAUUACAGAUUUGAUUAUGCUCGGCGGAGAUGCAGACACAAACGCAUGCUUUGCUGGUGCUAUCGUGGGUGCAUAUCUGGGCUUCAAGGCACUGCCGCCUCACUGGCGGGAUGGGCUGAGGCACGGCGAGUGGCUGAUGGCCAAGGCCGAGGGGUUAUGCAUGAUGCUUGACGUAGUACACGGCACUUAUAGCGGUGCGCAGGACACAGAUACAGCACCCGACGGCGGGCGAGGCUUUUUGACCGACGCGCAGAUGGAGGAAAAGGUCAUGCGGCACAUGGCAGGGAUGGUGCAGCGUCUGGGCGAGGGAGCGGACAAGCGGAAGGGUAGCAGCAGCUGGGGAUGGCUCAGCAAGAAGAAGAUGCGACGAACGGGGUAG